AUGAAUUCUGAUGAAAUACAACAGUCUACAACUAUUCUUGUUGAUCAUAGUGAAAAUGUUCCUUUAAAAUCUGAGAAACACAAGAUUCAUGAUUGGUUAUUAUGGUCUUUUAUCAAUAUAUUUUUUGGAUUUGGUGUUGGCUUCAUUCCUUUGAUUUUUUCAUUAAUUUGUCGACAUAAAAAACAUAAUCAUGAUUUAAAAUUCGCUCAGAAGAUGAGUACAGUAGCGUUUACACUUAACAUUGCUACUACAAUUAUUGAAAUCAUCAAUUGGAUUGGAUUAAUUUCGUACAUAUUUGUUCAUAUUCACUCCGAAUCUUUUAUUGAUAAAACACGUGAAGAAAAUUAUAAUGAAAUUAUCAAUUUUUUUUCUAAUAUGAAGUCACUUUGUAAAUAA